UUAUCUUGUUCAGAAAUUUAAAAAUUUGAAUUAGGAUCGUGAUUGAGACCGUAAUCUAAAGUCAUUAGUUCUGGUUCUGGGCAGUCGAUCGGACUAAUGAUCGCUGUCCCAGGUGCCAGUACGUAGCCCUGCUCCAUCUAUCAUCAUUUUGAUCGAUCUGAUCUGUUCUGUUCUUGUUCGAUCAUGUCUCUCCUCCUCCAUCUAUAGAGGCUAUAUAAGUUCAAGUUGGACCGAAGCCACAGGUUAUUAUAGCCAAAAUGGGUUGUGGCAUUUCCAGGUUUGGACGGAAUUAUGUGGGUGCAGAUGACCAAAGUCCCGCUUCUGAAAGUAAGCCCCAGCCGCAGCAGGUGGUUGAUUCCGUAAACGGCGUGAAGGAGAAAGAAAGUUCACCAUCACCUUCACCGUCAUCGGCACCCGCACUGGGAUUAGAAAGACCAGAGAUUGAGAGGAUCAAAUUAGACCGACCCAAAAGUAAGGAGGGUGCAGACAACAACGACAACAACAAACAUGGUCAUGAACAGCGGGAUGAUAGCAUCUUUAACUAUCCUCGUUCCCCCAGUUUUAGGGAAUAUUGCACAGACUCUGAAAUUCGAUUUGGGGUCGACAGCAGCCCGGACAAUGAUGGUGAUGAUAUUGAUACUAGUGGAACAAGUAGGAAAAUUUGCAAAUCAGCAAUGUCAUCUCCGACUCCAAAUACACGAGACACGCUGGUGCUACAGCCGGGAUCAAACGGUGAAUUAGCAACGGAGGCUAAAGAUGAGAGCAAAGGAAGAACAUCAACGUUGUCAACAACGGGACUAAAAAUUAGAAAUGUGUUGGGGAACAAAUGGGGGCGGAACAGUGGUGCAUCAAGAAUAAGAUCCUACUUUCAAGUAUCCAGUUGGCACAGAGCCCCUUUUUUCACUAAAUCAGUUGCAAAAGCCGAAUGAGCGCGCAUGCACGAUACGUACUACAUACGCUUAUACAUGCAAGCCAGCACUUAAUUAGAGAUGAUGAUCAAUUGACAAUCUGUUUCUUAAUUAAUCUCACGUAUUCUGCUAAUUAAUCUUAAUUUGUUUCCUUUUUGUUCGUUCCUUUGCCCUGUCCUCUGUAUUGGAUUAGGUGCAUGGGGUCUAUUUGUUUUCUUUCCUUUUCUAUGUACGUUCUCGUUGUAGCUUU